AGCUUUUUUUCCAGAUCAGGGAAUAAUCUCAUUACCGUAAGAAUCUCAGUGAGACUGUAAUAAUCGCUUCGAAUCGAAAUGGAAGCUUUGAAGCCCCUUCGUCAAGACCCGGCAUACGCCGCAUUGCAAGCGAUCUUCGACUCAAAAGGAAAAUCUCUUGAAAUGCUUCCCCUCUUCAAUGCCAACCCGGAUCGUUUUGAUAAAUUCAGCGUCACUAUCGACACUCCGAAAUCAGAUGAUGGAGGCCCAAUCUUGGUGGAUUUCUCGAAGAAUCGCAUUGAUGAUGACAUUUUCCAGCAUCUUCUGCGUUUGGCUGAAUCUCGAGGAGUCGCUUCCGCUCGCGAUGCCAUGUUCAGUGGGAAGAAAAUCAAUUUCACGGAAGAUCGAGCAGUAUUGCACGUGGCCUUGCGGAAUAGAUCGAACACUUCCAUUGUGGUUGAUGGAGAAGACGUGAUGCCAGGAGUGAACGCAGUUCUGGCGCACAUGAAGGAAUUUUGUCAUCAGGUGAUAUCUGGAGAAUGGAAAGGCUACACCGGGGAAAAGAUCACUGAUGUCGUCAACAUUGGCAUCGGCGGAUCCGAUCUCGGACCUGUGAUGGUGACAGAAGCUUUGCGUCAUUACCAAGUGGGACCUAGUGUCCACUUCGUCUCCAACGUGGAUGGCACCCACAUUGCAGAGGUCACGAAGAAGCUGAACCCCGCAACAACACUUUUUAUAAUCGCAUCGAAGACAUUCACGACCCAAGAAACCAUCACGAAUGCAACAUCAGCAAAGCAGUGGUUUCUCAAGACAGCCGAAGAUAAAAGUCAUGUUGCGAAGCACUUCGUUGCUUUGUCUACGAAUGGACCGAAGGUGAAGGACUUCGGCAUCGAUGAGAAGAAUAUGUUUGCUUUCUGGGACUGGGUUGGUGGACGUUAUUCCUUGUGGUCGGCCAUUGGGCUCUCGAUUGCUCUUCACGUUGGGUUCGAGAAUUUCGAAAAGCUGCUGGAAGGCGCGCACUUCAUGGACAAACACUUCCAGACUGCGCCGUUGGAGAAGAACGUACCUGUCAUUCUUGCGUUGUUGGGCGUUUGGUAUUCAAACUUUUACGGAGCUGAAAGUCAUGCAUUGCUACCGUACGACCAGUACUUGCACCGUUUUGCGGCCUACUUCCAACAGGGUGACAUGGAGUCUAAUGGAAAAUUCGUGACAAGGUCCGGAGCGGAGACUGAUUAUUCCACCGGACCUAUUGUGUGGGGCGAACCCGGAACCAAUGGGCAACACGCCUUCUACCAACUCAUCCAUCAGGGAACUCGUUUGAUUCCAUGUGACUUCAUCGCCCCGGCACAGAGUCUCAACCCGUCUCCGCAGCAUCAAAUUCUGCUCGCCAACUUUUUGGCUCAGCCUGAAGCUCUCAUGCGCGGCAAAAACGCUGAAGAGGUGAAGGAGGAUCUCAAGAACCUUCCUGCUGACAAGCUCGCGGCCAUUCUUCCGCACAAGGUCUUCAAGGGUAAUCGUCCAUCCACGUCGAUUGUUGUCAAGAAAGUCACUCCUUUCACCCUUGGCGCUUUGAUUGCCAUGUACGAGCACAAAAUCUUCACCCAGGGCGUCAUUUGGGACAUCAAUUCUUUCGAUCAAUGGGGUGUUGAAUUGGGUAAGGUGCUCGCGAAGGCGAUUGAGCCCGAGUUGACGGGAGACAAGGAAAUUUCCAAUCACGACUGCUCCACCACUGGACUCAUCAAGUUCCUGAGGAAUCACAUGUGAAUUCGGUUGGAUUAAUAUGCCAGGUGCUCUGUUUCUGCUCUAUAUUACCGUACCGUACUCGUGAAAGCUGAAAGGGGUGCAUAUUGUGAGGGUGAUCUGCGUAGAAUAGGUUGUAUCUGUAACUAGGUCGGGUUAUUUUAGAUGGUUGAAACGUCGAUGAAUUAUUGUGGGGGGAAAACUGCCGUCAAGGAACUUUUUGCUUUGGAACAGAAUCAAGUAUGAAUCUUAGCUAGUCAACAGAUGGAAUUUUGUCUCGUACUGCGGUCUACCGGGCUGUUUGUGCAGUUGCAAUCUGGAAAUGAAAAGCUUUCGGAAUUA